UGUCUGUAGGUCGCUUAGUGAGCCUCAGCGGCCUCGCACCUCCGCCACUCAGCGAUCUUGGCGCGCAUGGAGUGGUGGCACUGCAGCACAGCGUCUUUGCGGCCCUUCACAUGCAGGGUUCGCUUGAUCCGCGUGAUUUGUACCCCAUAGCUCCGCCGCAGAUCCUCGAGGUGGCGGUCCUCGGGGCCUGCAAGGCGAUCAAUGAAUCUAUGAGGCACAGCCAUGCUGCGGUAAGCGUACGAAGCAGUGGAGGGCGUGGCAGAGACGGCCACUGCUGAAGAGGCCUCGCCCUGAUGGGGGGCAUCCCUGUCUGCGGCCACUGUACCGUUUGGAGCAACUUCCUCCACCUCGCACGUUGCCUCGAGUGUUGCUUCACUUCCCUCACCAGAGGCUUCCUCCACCUCGGAGGUCGCCUCGAGUGCUGCUUCACUUCCCUCACCAGAGGCUUCCUCCACCUCGGAGGUCGCCUCGCCUGCUGCUUCACUUCCCUCACCAGAGGCUUCCUCCACCUCGGAGGUCACCUCGCCUGCAGCUUCAUCAUCAUCUUCAGCGGCAAAUACCUCUUCGAGAUAAGCCUCCCAUUCUUUGUUGCAGUCAACAUUAUCGUCUUCCAAUUCAUCAGCAUCAUUACCAGAGGCUUCCCGCAGCUCGGAGGUCGCCUUCUCUGCAGCUUCAUCAUCAUCAUCAACGGCAAAUACCUCUUCGAGGUAAGCCUUCCAUUCUUCGUAGUUGUCGUCAUUGCAGUUUUUCACUUCGUCAGUGUCAUCUUCAUCUUCGACAGAGAAUACCUUCUCGAGGUAAGCCUUCCACUCUUCGUAGUAUUCAUCAUUGCAGUCUUCCACCAGUUCGUCAGUAUCACCGUUACCUUCGUCAGCCUCAGCCUUGACCCCCGUGUGCGUGCCUCGUGCCUCCCCUUCAAAGAGCCAUUCCGUACCUGGGACUGGCUGAUUGGCCUGCAGGAGGGCGACUUUUUCUUCGUGUAUGUACAGGAAGAAAGAGUCAGGGCGGCCACCCCGCAGCAGCUGGCCGAGAAAUUCUUCCAGGUCAGCGCGGGCCACGCGUUUCCCGCCGCGGCGCAGCGCCACGCAGAUUUUGACCUGCAUGUCGCUGGCACCUGGCUUGCUGCUGCACCUGAAGAGGUACUCCAGGUCCAGCAGGGCGUGGGAAGAGGCGUGGCCGGACGCCUCCUGGAAGGUGAAGACGGCCACCUUCCGCGAGGUGGGUCGCCAGCACCCUCCCCUCAGCUUGAGGCUGAGCGUCACCUUGGCGGGGCUCGCCCCGGCGCCGGUGCCGCCAGCCACGAGGCACGUGCCGGGAACAACGCGUCGGAUCUUCUGUUUGCACAGGAUUUUGCUGAACAUUUGGAAUGUUAUGUUUGGUGUUCUGUACAGUGAAGGAAGCAGCGGCAG